AUGGAUCUACCAAGUCAUCGCGAGCGUAAUCUUUCUCGAACCGCUACUAUCAACAACUCUCAUCGGGAAGCCGACUUCGAAGUGAUUGUGGCCUCAUGUCAGCGCUACGAAAAUGAAGCAGAUCAGAACGACUAUCUUGACCAAGCAGUACCGAGCAGUUGGAUAUGGACAGCACACGAACAGAAGCUGCAGACGUACCCAACCAAAAUCCCUGCCUGGGACCCCGUUCAGACCGGCAUUCCAGCCAUCCAGCAGUACUUGUCGCGUUUGACAGUAAAGUCAAAUACUGAGAACCUCGCACGUCAUAUACAGACCGAGAUGUCGGACAUGGAAGCGGAGGGCAAAGAAAUUCUCCAGAGGUUUGAGUACAACGCCGCUUUUUCCAGGCUGAGCGACAACAUGCCUGCGACCAUAUUACAUCUGGACACACAUCUUCAGGCACAUUGCGUCAGCGCUCCUCGUCAUUGCGUGCAGGAUCCAUGGGCCGAUGAGCAAGUGCGCAUCAUCAACGUAAAUUUCGUGAUUUCGAUUGCUGGCUGGAAAAGAACCAUGCGACCAAACACGUUCAAGAUGCUGCUCAGACGGAAUGGCAUCGAUUUACGCAGGAACACCGUCCAUCGAAAUCUCAACAGGUGCCUCUCCACGCAGUAUGAAGACCGCAUGGGUAGAUGGAGAUAUCAGCGUUCGGCAAACACCAAAACGGUCUGCUUAUUCCUGCAAGAACUCAUCCACAGGUUCCUUCACGAUGCCAAAGACACGAUCAACCAAAUCUCUAGCACUUCCGACCGCUCCAGCCUCAUUCGGAACGCUCAUGUCGAACUGCAGAGGAUAUCUUUUAGCAACCAUCAAGCCUACGGCAAAAUGGUGGCUAGGAUGGAAGAUUUAGCGUUGAAAGUGUAUCGGAAGUUCACAAUCGAGACUGACAUCAGCUGCCCCGUCGCGAUCCACAUGAGGCUUCUGUACUUGCAAGUACUUCACAUGCCACCUCCAGCGAAGGGUGUUUUUGAAGCACAGCGCGAAGAGUUGAUGCAGCUUGCCAACAGCCUAGGUAUCUCACUGUCAGUCGUAAUGCGUAGUGCACUCUGCCAUAUUCUGAUCUCGAACUGGGAGGCAGUGUGCAAGAGUUACGUUAAGACCAUGAUGCGGCACCUGGAAGAGUUGCCUCAUAACCCGACUCUCAGAUUUCAGUGCACGAUUCGAAUGUCGAUAACGAUGGCGAUGUGGAAAUGGCGGACUAGCUAGUGGCCUGGUGCAAUGACUGAAGAUUCAGCGACAUCGCAAUCGCCCCUGUGCGGCUCAUUCGGCGUUGUCGUCCAGGUUCUAAUACCUGUCUUGGUCAUGCUCAUCGUCUUACGUACGCAGUAUUGGUGAGAGGUAUCAUUGGAGUUCCCUCUGUGAGUUGGAAGCUACCUGGGGGUAAGCCUGGGUAACGACAAGUUGCCACUCUUGAGAUACAGAAUGGGAGCGCAUAGAAGGAUCGACACCUU